AUGGAAUAUGAGAAAGUGAAAAGAACAAAUCAAUUCAUUUUUUGUAGUAGUAAACAUGCCUCCAAAAGAAGAAAAAUAUUAACUAAUAACUGUAAAGGAAUUUUGAUAUCCCCUGUAAAUCCGCGAAAAAUGGGUGCAGCAAUAAAAGAAUUUUUGAAUUUUUUAAAAAUAAAUUAUCCAAAUAGUUACGAAAAUGAUGAAACAGAAGAUAAUGAAAAUAAUGUUAAGUUUGAUUCAGAAAUGAAAAGCAGUAAUGUAGAAAAGCAAUUAAAUGAUGAAAUAAGUAAAAUAAAUUCUGCAUAUAACAGAUUUUCUCCUCUCAGAUAUAUAGUAAAAAAUUUUGCAUUAAUUAAAUUUAAUGAUAUAAAUGAUAAAAAUCCAUCGGAUAUUGUUACACAAAUAUUUUUGUGUGUUCAAAAAAAAAACGAAAAAUAUAGACUAAGAAAUAUUUGUAAAAUUAUUCCAUUUGAUUACAUAUGUAAACCUCAUUUAUCUCCAUUUAUAAAAACUAUUCUUCCUUUAAUUAAGGAAAACUUUAUUGAUGGAAUUUGUGCAAAAGAAAAUUUUACAGUUUCUCACAUAAUGAAAUUAUUAAAUAUAACAGGAGAAAAAGAAAAAGAACCAGAAGAAAUAGAAAUAGAAGGAGAAACAAAAAAUGAAGAUACGGAAGAAAAAAAUGGAUAUAAUGAAAAGGAAAUAAAGGAAAAAGAAGACAAUGAAAAAGAAAUAAAGGAUAAAGAAGACAAUGAAAAAAAAAUAAAGGAUAAUGAAGACAAUGAAAAAGAAAUAAAGGAUAAUGAAGACAAUGAAAAAGAAAUAAAGGAUAAUGAAGACAAUGAAAAGGAAAACUCAACAAAAGGAAGUGAAGAUAAUGAAAAAGAAUAUGAAGAAAAAGAAGACAGUGAAAAAAAAAAUGCAACAAAAAAAAAUGAAGACAGUGUAAAAGAAAAUGAAGAAAGAAAAAAUGAAGACAAUGAAAAAAAAAUACAAAAUACUACAAAAGAUAUAAAGAAUAAAUCAAAUAAAAAAGUUUCAUGGGGAUUAGUAUAUAAAUGCUCCAACACAAAAACACUAACUAAAAAAGAUGUUUUAGCUGUAUUAGAUAAUUGUAUUGGAAAUAAUUAUUGUGUAAAUUUAACUAAGCCUGAUUUAGCUAUAGUAGUCUAUGUGAAUGAAAUAAUGUGCGGUAUAAGUAUAAUAAAAGAUUAUGAUAAAACAAGAAAAUUUAAUAUCUCAUCCUUUAAUGAAGAUUCCUAA